GACGUGUAACUGAAGAUCUGGUUAUUUUCAAAAUGGCAACUGAGAAUAAGGCUGCACCAUGUGGGACAUCCUCAGCAGCAGCAUGUGACCUCCAACUGAUGAGAACUCCAACCAGAAGCAGAGCAUCAGGAUGGAUCAGACCGGUCCGGAGAGCAGAAGGGGUGAUCAGGUGUAAAGCGGCUGUGGCGUGGGAACCUGGGAAGCCUGUUUCUGUUGAAGAAGUGGAAGUUGCUCCACCUAAAGAGCAUGAAGUGAGAAUUAAGAUAGCAGCGACUGGUGUGUGUCACACAGACUGGACGUAUCUGUAUGAUUGUGAGAAAGGAGUGAAGACUCUGCUGUUUCCCCUCAUUCUGGGUCACGAGGCUGCUGGUGUGGUGGAGAGCGUCGGGCCGGGGGUGACCGCUGUGCAGCCUGGUGAUAAGGUGAUCCCUGUCGUCCUGCCGCAGUGUGGGGAGUGUGAGUUCUGUCUGAGCUCAAAGACAAACAUCUGCACAAAGAACUGGGAGACGCUUCAGCAGGGUGUGUUAGCUGACGGUACGAGUCGAAUCACCUGUAGGGGGCAGCAGGUGUAUCAGUUUGCCAGUCUGAGCACUUUCUCUGAAUACACGGUCGUUCCUGAAUACAACGUUGCUAAGAUUCACCAAGACGCACCGCUGGAUCGAGUCUGUCUCCUCGGCUGUGGAGUGGCUACAGGAUACGGAGCGGCACUAAACACGGGCAAAGUGGAGCGUGGUUCUGUCUGUGCCGUGUUCGGUUUGGGAGCCGUCGGCCUCGCCGCUGUGAUGGGCUGUAAAGCUGCCGGAGCCUCCAGGAUCAUCGGCGUCGACAUCAACGCAGAGAAACGCGAAAUCGCCAAGAAGUUCGGUGUCUCUGAGUUUGUGAACCCUAACGAUCACAGCAAACCCAUUCAGGAGGUGCUGGUGGAGAUGACGAGUGGAGGAGUGGACUACAGCUUCGAGUGUGUGGGGAACGUCGCGCUUAUGAGGGCGGCGUUCGAGAGCUGCAAUGGCGCCUGGGGAACCUGUGUGAUUGUGGGAUGGACUGAAAAAAACCUACUGUCUGUGUCACCUAAGGAUCUUGUGCUGGGACGACAGCUUAAAGGAUCCUUCUUGGGGGGAUGGAAGAGUGUGUGUAGUUUACCCAAACUGGUGGAAGACUACAUGAAUGGCAGAAUUUUGCUGGAUGAGUUUGUGACACACACACUCUCUCUGGAGGAGAUUAACCACGCCUUCGAACUGAUGAUCAGUGGGAAAAGUAUCCGAUCGGUGAUAAAAAUGUGAGCUGUGAGCGUCCAAUCUCAGUUCAUUAACCAUGACGACAUCAUCAGUCACCAUGACGACUACAUCAAUCAUUCAUCACCAUGACGACAGACUCACUCUCCAGUGGGCCUCAGAGCUGCUGGUACUUCUGUAAAGUUUAAAGGUUAAAAAAAUUUUAAUAAAAAAUUAAACUGCAGUCUGAAUUUAGAAUAAAUAUCAUCGCGUUUGUAAUAUUUUACUCUGUUGUUAUUUUACAAAUGUAGAUCUUAAUCUCAGAGGCCUGAGUGUUUAAUAUGACAUUUAAUUGCAGGCAUUUUUAACAUUUUGCCCCUGAGCCUGUCGGGUGUCAGCUUUUAGUUACUGUCGACUGAGCUCUGAAAUAAAAAUACAAAAUUACAUUCAGUUUUUUUUCUCUUUACAAUUUUUUAAAACUGUGUUUUAAUAUUUCUUAAAUGCUUUUCAACAUUUUAAUAUUUUAUUAUUUCUUUUAUUAUUUUUCACAAGUUCAAAGGGAAAAUUAACAAAAAGUAGCUUAGAAAAGUGAAAAGAAUCAUAAAGUCUGAUUAACCUCUUUUGUGUGGUUGCAAUGUUUAAAUUUUAACCCUUUAAUUGCUUGCUAAAACUUUUGCCAAACAAAUACCAUCCAUUUAUCCAUCCAUCCAUCUUCUACACCGCUUAUCCUACAGGGUCACGGGGAACCUGGAGUCUAUCCCAGGGAGCAUGGGGCACGAGGCGGGGUACACCCUGGACAGGGUGCCAAUCCAUCACAGGGCACAAUCACACACACACUCACACACCCAUUCAUACACUACGGACACUUUAGACACGCCGAUCAGCCUACCAUGCAUGUGUUUGGACUGGAGAACCGGAGAACCCGGAGGAAACCCCCACAGCAUGGGGGCCAUGACGGGAAUCGAACCCCCGUCCCUGGAGGUGUGAUAUGAACGUGCUAACGCAAACAAAUACCUUCAGAAUGAAUUUUUAGUUGAAUAGACAGAGUAUAUGUGAAUUCAUCUAAUUCUUCUCAUUAUAUUAUUACAAAAUGACUCAAAAGAUUUACUGUUGUCCUGUCAAUGCUGGACUCAGCGUAUAACUCCUGUUACCAGACUGCUUCAUGCCUACAAACAUGGCCGCCACCGGUUACUGAUUACAGACGUUCAAAAGUGAAGUCGCUCAGUGUAUCUCACCUGACGUACCAAGAUUUGUUGUUUUUGCAUUGUUAUUUUUGAAUGUUGCCUGUUGUGUGUUUGCUAAGUGCCUGACCUUCUGCCUGUUUCUGAUCCUGACUUUACCUCACACAUUUUACCUGCAACUGCUGCCAUCUCAGACAAUCCUAUAUACACAACCCCUCCCCAUCUUUACUUCUGAGAGACUCCGCCUCUCUUUGAUGCACUUUUUUAUACCCUAUCAUUACUGACCUGUUGACAAUUAACCUAAUUAUCUGUGAGAUGUUCCAGCAGGUUGCCGUGCGGUGGACUGGCACCCUGUCCAGGGUGUACCCCGCCUUGUGCCCCAUGCUCCCUGGGACAGGCUCCAGGUUCCCCGUGACCCUGAAAAGGAGUAAGCGGUAGAAGAUGGAUGGAUGGAUGGAUGUUCCAGCAGGUGUUUUUUGUCCAAACUUUUUUGAAAAGUCUUACUGGCAUCAAGUUCAAAAUGAGCAUAUAUUCUUAUAAAAUAAAAACAAAAAUAAAAUUUCUCAGUUUCAAGGUUU